UGUACAGGAACAUGGCGCUUUGGGGGAGAGGUGUUUCAUGAUACCGAGGGGCUGUUGAUUUAAUUUUUACGAGAUUAUGUUUAUGUAAAUAACGCUUGGACGUUUUCAUCAAAUAUGACAGUUCGCGAAAGGUGGCCGCUGUUUUUGGUCUCUAUGGACAACGGACCGCUUCAUGUCGGAGUUGCGUUUGCUGUCGUCAGCUGAAACUCCUAGCCUAGACAUGCUAGCUCAAGCUAGUUAGCCCGGCGAGUAGCAUCUGGCUAAAACAGCCCCAAAAUGUGCUCUUAUGUGUAUCUGACACUGACAGUGAAUUGGUAAUCAAUGUUCAAAUUACGUAAUUGGGUAUUAUAUCAGCCGUUUAUUUAGGACAGUUUCAGUUGGCUAACAUUUCGUUGGCUAAACUUGGAUGAUGGAGAGACGCCAUGGGUCUGUGUUAUUUCUGGCUGCCUGGAUUUUUCUGUGUGGAUGUUGGUUCUCUGAAGCUUUCCCUAUUCGGGAAACUCGCAAAACAGAUGGACACACAGGGGACACUUUGCCCGUGUCUCUCUACCUGCCCUUGAUUGUGUCAUUAGUUGUGCUGGUGGCUCUGGUGGUGGUGCUAGUAAACUGUGUGACCUGCUGCAAGGAAAGAGAGAUCGACUUCAAGGAGUUUGAGGACCACUUUGAUGAUGAGAUCGACUUCACUCCGCCAGCAGAGGACACGCCUUCUAUGCAGUCUCCAGCUGAGGUUUACACCCUUGCUGUGUCCCCUGUGCCACUGCCAGGACCCCCACAUCUGCAGCCUCUGGCCAGCAUUACAGAAUCAUCAAGUGGUUUCAAAGUAGGACGCCACAGUUUGAGUUACAUCCAGGAGAUUGGAAAUGGCUGGUUUGGUCAGGUCCUGUUGAGUGAAAUAUACACAGACCCUGGGGGAACCAGAGUGGUGGUAAAGGAGUUGAAAGCAAAUGCCAGCGCUAAGGAGCAGAAUGACUUUUUGCAGCAGGGGGAUCCAUACAGAGUGCUGCAGCAUCCAAACAUCCUCCAGUGCCUCGGACAGUGCGUUGAGGCCAUUCCCUUCCUGCUUGUGUUUGAGUAUUGUGAAAUGGGGGAUUUGCGAAGCUAUCUAUCUCAGCAGGAUUGGACGUUUAGAAACGCUGAGUUGCUGCAGCUGCAGAGGAUGGCCUGCGAAAUUGCUGCUGGUGUCACUCACCUUCACAAACACAACUUCCUGCACAGUGAUUUGGCCCUAAGGAACUGCUACUUGACCUCAGAUCUUACAGUUAAAGUGGGAGACUAUGGGAUCGGACCCUUCAGAUAUAAAGAGGAUUACAUCAUCACAGAGGAUGAUGUGUUCGCACCCCUGCGGUGGCUGGCUCCUGAACUGGUGGCGGAGCGCCAUGGGGGGGUGAUUACGAUGGAGCAGACCAAGGCCAGCAAUGUGUGGUCCUUGGGGGUCACAUUAUGGGAGCUUUUUGAGAAUGCCACUCAGCCGUAUCCACACCUGUCUAACCGGGAGGUUCUACAUCAUGUAAUCAAGGAGCAACAAGUCAAACUAUUCAAACCGCAACUAGAGCUUCCUUAUUCUGACAGAUGGUAUGAGGUGUUGCAGUUCUGCUGGCUCUCCCCUGAGAAGCGGGCCACAGCCGAGGAAGUACACCGUUUGUUAAUCUAUCUGCGAAUGCAAGGCCAGAAGGACAUGGAGGAAGAUUUCGAGCAACGCUGGGAUGCACUGAAGCCUAACCCCAUCACCCGACAGACUGUUAACCACUCGUCUUUCCCGAUCCUGGACCAGUUUGCAGACGAUGCUUUGCGACAAGAGAUAGAUGAAGUUUUAACCAUUACAGAAACAAGCAAAGGUCUCAGUUUCGAGUACGUUUGGGAAGCAGCCAAGCAUGACCACUACGACAGCAGCCACGGCCGAUCAGGCAUGGACACUACCUUAAACUACCAGAGCAUGUUCUUCCCUGUUUCUAGGGAGGACAUCCAGGCUCAUUUCCCCGAUCCUCUACCCAGGGCAGGAGGAGCUGAAAGUGGGAACUCUGGAUUAGGAGUUCCUGGGAUUGUCCCAGUGUUUGAUUCGCAGAAAUCAUCAAACGGGAAUGAAUAUUAUAUCCAGCUUGAGGAGCAAGGCGAGAGCGCUGACGGGGAUGUUGAGAAUGCGGAACAGGACAUGGGCUUUACUUCUAUCCAGAAAGACUUUGUUGUACUUCAAGAUGUCCGUCUGGACGAGUCGAGCACAGAUGCUGACUUUUUCCACCAAAGCAUCGACUCAAAGGAUUCAUAUUUACCAGACAGCCACAUCUGGUCAUCUCUAGAAAACGACAGUCCAUACCACACCAACAUUUUCACUGAAGAGGGGUCAAAGCACGAAGACUCUCCCUCCUGGACACAGAACUUUCUGGAGCUCCCGGAGCGCAGUGGGAACCCUUUUCUUGAUGAAGCUUUGGAAGUUGAAGAUGUGAACCCAAAUCCGAGCUAUUUUUUAGACGCUUGUCACCUGCCGGUUGCUAUGGAAGGAGAGCAGGAGAACAUGGAUGCAAGGAAGCAUCUGGAGACUGAAAAACUGGCUGAUAAUUUUGUGUUUCUCAGAGAACAGAACCUGAUGAAAGAGGACUCGAGCUUCUCGAAUCCACUGCAGAACUUUCUCUUACCCGGCAUUGUCCACGAACCCGAGGAAACAUUCAAGAUGAACUCCUGGGACAACCUUGAGACUUUAGGCAGCUUAAAUACAGCAGAUACAAAUUUGAGACCUGCAACAAGUAGCACAGAUUCAAGAGGGGACCUUUUAGACUCUCCAAGCACCAACUUGGGGCCGUUUUUGAUAGAAAAUAAAACUCUGGUGCCUUCCAUUACGGUGGUUGCAGAUGAUAAAAAAGGCAGCCAGGUCAGGAACGGUUCUUCCACUGAAGACCUCACUCUGCUCCAGUCCUCAGACAGGACUGCAGACUCCGGUUUCAAUUCUACCUCACAGAGGUUUGAGCACAUCACUAACAAUAUGGAUGGCCAUAUCCCUUUUUUCUCUGACAGUGCCACUACAGACUCUUUGUCCACAGAUGCCAAAAUCCCCAGCCUUGAAGAUGACCCCGAAGUCUCAAAGGUCAUAGGAACUGGAAUGCCUGAAAAUCUCCAAGUUCAAACAAUCCCUUCUGAAAAUGGACAGAACGAUGACCUAACAAGCAACGACCUUCUGAGUGAGCUGAUUGAGGACGCAGAUCUAGACCUGGAAACAAAUUUGUCUGAUCAGGAGGAAUCUUUCCUGGAAACUAACGGACAUCCACUCGUUAGAUCCUCUCUCCUCGUAUCCGGUCCUUCUUUGGAUCAGAUAAGCCAGGAUAGUUUAUUGGAAGACAGCAUGUCCACCACUCUCCCAACGGUGGACAAUUCAGCUGAAACACCAGAUUCUCUCGACUCUCUGGACAUUCAUCGGCUUGUGGAGCAGGCGGAGGAGCUGAAAGCUCAAAUCUCCCAAAAUAAACUUCAGCCUCCAUACAAAAUAUCAGACAGCGGUUAUGAGACAGAGAACCUGGAGUCUCCUGAAUGGAACUCGCAGCCUAACGCCACAGACUGCUCACCUGUGAAAAAUGGCGUUGGCGUUUCCAUCGAAGAAGAGUCGGAAGAGCUUGGUGCUCCCACCAAUUUGGUUCCCCCCAAAAUAGUCAUCUCUGAAGCUGAGGGUAUGCUCGAAACUCGCGGUGUGGAUCCAAGUGAGGAUCACCAGUCAGACCAUGGAGAUCCUGCAGAAGAACCACUCACCAGUAGUAACUACAGAGACUCCGCCUACUUCUCGGAUAAUGAAUCUGAACCAGAGAAAAGGGCAGAGGAGUCGACUGCAGGAAGUUCUACAGAAGUCACAUGGAUGAGGAACUCUGAAGGUCAGAUGCUGGAAGCUUACAAGGAAAGAGAUAUUGAUGCUUUAUUUUCCCAAGAAGAUUCCUCUGUACCUUUUGAUGUUGAGGAUCUGCAUCUAGAGGUGACUUCUGGAGAGGAACUAAAAAGCGAAGGGGCAGAAGCUCACAACGGAAAAGAAACAAAAACAUGUAAUUACCAGGACUUGUUUCCUGAAACACUGAGCCCGACAGAAGAUCUGGAAACCCCCCCUCUCCCUUCCAAUACCGCCACAAAGCCACCACUAGAGGGCGCUGUUCACGCUAAACUGACCAGAACCUACGCCCACGACGGUCAUAAAAUCAAAGAGCCCGACAUGGAGGGCCGCUACCUGGGCAGGCGUGACGGUCCGGGUUUAGAGGGACAGGAAGACGGCGUCGACGCCGACGAGGAGGAUGAGAACAGCGAGGACUCCGAUGACGACAUGCGCGCGUAUCAGCUGCACAGCUCCAGCGAGGACAGCGAGGACGAAGCCGUGCACGCCGUGCCCAUUAUUGUGUCGGACGACACCAGCGGCAAGAACCUGAAGAGCCUGCUGAAACCAACAAACCUGAACAUCGAAGCUCCGUCUUCCUCGUUUGCUGCCAGGUGCAACGCAGAGAACUCCAGGAGAGCGGUGUCGUUCUUCGAUGAUGUCACAGUCUACCUGUUUGACCAGGAGACGCCCACUAAGGAACUGGGAGACCACUUGUCUGGUUUGAGCAGUCAGUCCCCAGAGCUCAGCAGCCCCGUGUCCACAGCCAGCUACCUGAACCGCUUUGCUAACUCUGAAAGUUCAACAGAUGAAGAGGGUGGUGGUUUUGAGUGGGACGAUGACUUCUCCUCACCCGGACCUGCCUUCCUCUCCAAGAUUGACAAAGACCCCGUCUCUAAGGACAUGUCCUCUACUCCCCCAUCGGUCGGACGCAUGCCGCAGCCGAGCUGGAGCAGCUCCUCCACCUACUCCCGUUUCUCCAUUUCACCGGCAAACAUCGCCAGCUUCUCCCUGACGCAUCUGACCGACUCCGACAUCGAACAAGGAGCAAAUGUGCAUUCUUGGAGUCUGUAUACUCCAGGAAGCAGUGAAGAUGGAGAAAAAGACUGAGGUGACAAACGAAGGAACCGUUAUUCCUAACACUACUGAGGAAUUAAGCUAUGCCCGUCCUUUUUUGGGAAUGUUGGGAUGAGGACAGUUUGUGGAGCGCUCGCCUCAGGCAGAACUGUUCUCAGAAGAGUUGGCGAUUUGACUUAAAAACGGAUUUUCAGCCGAUUUCAGACAUUCGGACGGGUCCCAGUCCCGGUCUGAGCCACAGGAACUGUCCAGCUCCAUUGGUAUAAUUUCAGUCGAGUGCAAUUAAAAAAAAAACAAAAAACAAAUGUGCUGCUUUAAAGACUUAUCAUGCACAUUCCAAAUGUGUGUCUGUUUCUUUUUGUUGCCUGCUCUCACCAAAAAAAAAAAAAAUAAAAAAAAAUAUUUUAAAUUAAUGAAUUAAAUCUGAGCUGGCAAAUAAUCACUACAACCAAACAGAAAUAAGCUCUUUGAUCUCAGCAGAACUACAAUUAUAAAUCUAAAAUGUAAUAUUUAUCAAUGUUUGUUUUUUUUUGUUGGUUCUCUCCUUCAUGUUGUGCAAUUAUUUCAGUGGUUGCCUUUUAUUUUAUUUUUUCUUCCAUCUUCCAGUUGAGUUUAGUGAGUCUCCUAAUUGGAGAUGACAUUCUGCGGUUAAUCCUUCUGUAGCAGUAUUUGAAUUAAAAGGAUGAAGACUGCAGAUGUACCGAACAACCUGUAGAGGUGACGCACUGUACGUUCCUUUAUGUAAGGAACACUAGCAGUAAGCUGAGGGUGUUAUUACUACUAUUAUUGACUAUCAGUCUUAACGAAGGGGAGGUUCAACUGUGAAACAGUUGAGAAGAGGAACGUAUUGCUGAUUUAUUGAUUUUUAUUAUUUUUUUUCUUUGUAAAGCUUUAUUUUAAUCGAAACAUGGAGGAAGUUGUUUUGUCGUCGCUGGGUCUAAUCAUGGUGCCUGUUGAUUCCACGAAGUCGGCUCCCUCUGUUUUUGUGUCACUAUGGAUAUUUCAAAUCACACGUCAAGCCGGGUGAUGUUUAAACUAUUUUUUUUGUCUUUCUUUUUGGAUAAGUGAGAAAUCUCUGUUUUGAAAAUGGCGUCGAAAUUGAGUUGUUUGUUAACAAACGUGCAAUGAAUUUCAUCAACGUGUUCAGAGGACGAGCCGGUGAUUGCGGCGGUUGUUCUUCGGUGACACUACUAGAACAAACGGAAAAACAUGGCUGCUGUUAGCAGUUGUUAUGGAUGUAGUUAAUUGCCUUUCUUUUUUUUUUUUCUACAUUGUGUCAAAUAUGGCAAUAUCCUUUUUAAAAAAGAAUUUGUUCGCUGUAUGUAAUUUGUAUGAUCAAUACAGACAAAAUUAACAAUUUUCUACCCUGUCUUCAUUUACAGCUAUUAUAUUUGGAACUGUAGGUUAUACCGCCUAUUUCUUUGGAUGAUAAAACCACCUUAAAUAUUUGUCACUUGUGAACAGCUGUACUUCACGUGUAGUAGACCUCCACUUCUCCUCCUCCUGAAGGCACCAUAUCAGUCAUCACUAACUUCUGUUAAACCAGCAGCCUGCUCCUCAGUUAAACUUGAACACAUAUUUAAGGAAAUCUUUUUAUUUUGACCACAGUAUACAUUUGCUUAAUCUUGCACAUUUGAGAAAUGUAACUUGAUGUUGAGAUGUUCCAAUGUGUAUAUAUGGAUUCUGAUUUUUCUUUCUCUCUGUUUGUAAAUGUGGGGGGAGGGAAAAGAUGUAAUAACUGAGUUAUCAAUAGGAGGUUUCAUUUUGUAACUUCAAGCUGAGUUGAAUCAGAGGAACAUAUCAGUCGUCUACUAAAAGGGGUUAAAUUAAGACGCAGAAGCAGAUGUGAAUUCAUUCUGUCCUUUAAGACCUGUAGAUUUUAAAUAUUUUUACUUCAUAUUGAUCAUGCUUAGUGUAAUUUACUGAAAUGUUUAUAAUUACACUGUUUAAUAUGAAAAUAAAUGCAAACAAACUUCUAAAA